AUGCACGUUAACCAAGUGGAUGCGGGAAUUGCUCCUAUAGCAGAAACAUACUUCAAGUCAAAAAAUAAAAAUAUUAAAAAUGUGCAGAGGCAUUACGUAUCAAAAGAAUAUACAGAGUUAGUAAAAAAUGUGCCAGUACAAAAAGAAUUAAGGAGUGAAAAAUAUAACAUAUAUAAUGACUACCCUAACUGUGAAAAAAAGUAUAAAAAACAGAAAAAAAUAUAUCAAAAGGUAAAUGAAGCAGAUACACAAUUGGCUGCAGAACCAAAUGUUAAUGAAAAAAAAUCGUGGGAAAGACAAAGUAACUGGAUUGAACAUUAUAACCUUAUGUCUGGCACCGACACAGGGUUAUCUUCAAAUGGUAGUAUUGCAGAUAUGUAUGAAACGAACUACGACUAUUUCUCAAAAAGGAAGUGUUCAAUGAGUGAAAUAUCAUUAGAAUCUUCCCAUUCACGACAAAAAUUGAAAUUGGACUCAAUCAGGAACAACCAAAAUGAUGAUUUCGAAAAAGAUAAAAAAGUAUAUAUGCUUCCUAAAGUGUAUGGAAUUAGGCCAUUCAAUGUAGAAAGAUUCAGAAAUGGGAAUAUUUUAACAAAUCACCCAAAUAGUAAUAAAAAUAAAAAAUUACAAAUGAAGUACAUGUCAAAUGGUGUCUACCAGGAAGGUAGCAACAGUAAUAUCCCAAUAACAAAUAGCGUAAUGAACUUCAACCCUUUAGUCUGUGUAAAUAGCAGAAACAGUUACUAUACAUCUUUUAAUAGGUAUAACUGUAAUGAAAAUCAACAUAGUUACAAUCGCUCCAAUAAUUCUGGAAAUUAUUCAUUUCAUUAUGAUCACCCCCCUUGCGAGUUUCAUGAUAAAUGUUUUCAUACAGCAGACAAAGUUAACAAAAAUUCACAUUAUUUGUAUUCGACAAAUAAAAGCAUAUUAAAAUACCAAAAUUAUUUAAAAGAUGUGUGUCUCUCAAAUAAACAUUAUAUGGAAGAAGAACUGAGAAAAAAGUGCUGCCAUUAUUUUCUUCCCCUUAGGAGGCCUUAUUACCAAGAAAAUUACCAAAGUGGGAACGAUGAUCCGAGAUUCAUUGCUCGUAAGCGUGUUACGCAUAGAAGAGGGACACAUAAUAGUGAUGUUAAUUCCUAUGAUGAUUAUAUCGCCCAUUCUAAAUCGGUUUCUAAUGGUGAUUCUCCUGAACAAGACAACAUUCGUACUCACCAAAAUGGGGUAAAAUAUAAAACCUGUUCCUACAACUUGAAGAAACGAAGAUCUAAAGGAAAUGAAUAUUAUCGAAGAAAAAAUACCCUCAAUAAUGGAACAUUAUAUUUAAGUAAAAAAAAAAAAUUUUCGCAACUACUUAAGAAUCUGAAAUUGUUGGGAUAUGCCCUAUUUUUUUGUUUCUUCAUAAGUAAUCAAAAUAAAUCAACAAAAGAAAAACAAACAUCCAUAUGUGCUCGCAAAAAUAUGAAAAAAUAA